UCAUUCUGGACCAACGUCACGGUGCUGGCCCCGCCCCUUUGCCAGCCGUCGUCUGGAGCCGGGCGGGUAAACCAGCCGCAGAGCGGACGCAGAACCCGGUCUGCCACAAUGCUGCGGCACAGGGCUGUGAUCUCACGUCUCCGACAGGCCUGCAGGCUCCAGUCAGUCCCCUCAAGGCUCUGCAUUCAGGCCUGCUCUACAAAUGAUUCACUUCAGCCCCAGUGCCCCAGCCUUGCCUUCUCUGGUGAUAACUCCAGCCCUAGGGGAUGGAGAGUCAUGGGGACUCUGCUAGGCCUUGGUGCAGUGUUGGCCUAUCAUGACCACCGGUGCAGGGCUGCUGAGAAGUCACCACACAUAUACACAAGAGAGGAAGUGAGAUCUCACAGCAGCCCUGAGACUAGGAUCUGGGUGACUCUGGGCUGUGAGGUGUUUGAUGUUACAGAAUUUGUGGACCUACACCCAGGAGGGGCAUCAAAGCUGAUGCUAGCAGCAGGGGGUCCUCUAGAGCCCUUCUGGGCCCUCUAUGCCGUUCAUGACCAGCCCCAUGUACGUGAGAUACUGGCUCAGUACAAGGUCGGGGAGCUGAGCCCUGAAGACAAGGCACCCUCCACUUUGCAGACCUCUGACCCUUACGCUGAUGAUCCUAUACGUCACCCAGCCCUGAAGGUCAAUAGCCAGCGCCCCUUUAAUGCAGAGCCCCCCCCUGAACUGCUGACAGAAAACUAUAUCACACCUAACCCUAUCUUCUUCACCCGGAACCAUCUGCCUGUACCUAACCUGGACCGAGAAACCUAUCGCCUGCAUGUAGUAGGGCCACCUGGGUGUCAGUCACUGUUCCUAUCCCUGGAUGACUUGUACCAGUUCCCUAAGCACGAGAUCACAGUCACUCUUCAGUGCGCCGGCAACCGACGCUCUGAGAUGACUCGGUUCAAAGAAGUAAAAGGUCUGGCGUGGAAUACUGGGGCCAUUAGCACUGCAUGCUGGGCUGGGGCACGCCUCUGUGAUGUGUUAGCCAAGGCUGGUCACCAGCUCUGUGAAACUGAGGCCCACGUGUGCUUUGAGGGACUGGACUCAGACCCCACAGGGACUGCCUACGGAGCAUCCAUCCCUCUGGCUCGGGCCAUGGACCCUGAAGCUGAGGUCCUGUUGGCAUAUGAGAUGAAUGGGCAACCUCUGCCUCGUGACCAUGGCUUCCCUGUGCGGGUGGUGGUUCCUGGUGUGGUGGGUGCCCGCCAUGUCAAAUGGGUGGGCAAGGUGAGUGUGGAACCAGAGGAAAGUUACAGUCACUGGCAGCGGCGGGAUUACAAAGGCUUCUCUCCAUCUGUGGACUGGGACACAGUAGAUUUUGACUCAGCUCCAUCUAUUCAGGAACUUCCAGUCCAGUCGGCCAUCACAGAGCCCAAGGAUGGGGAGACAGUACAAUCAGGGGAGGUGACUAUCAAGGGCUAUGCAUGGAGUGGUGGUGGGAGGGCUGUGGUCAGGGUGGAUGUGUCUCUGGAUGGGGGCCUAACCUGGCAGGUGGCUGAGCUGGAUGGAGAGGAACAGCGCCCCCGAAAGGCCUGGGCCUGGAGGCUAUGGCAGCUGCAAGCCCCUGUGCCAGCUGGGAAAAAGGAAUUGAACAUUGUUUGUAAGGCUGUAGAUGACAGCUACAAUGUGCAACCAGACACGGUGGCCCCAAUCUGGAACCUGCGAGGUGUGCUCAGCAACGCCUGGCACCGUGUCCACGUCCGUGUCACCCCAUGAGAAGGUGAAAUGGAAUUACCUACUUCCAGAGUCAUUUUCUCAACCUCUUUCCAUACCCAUCCUUUUCCCUCCUUACCACAGAAAAACCUUUCCUUUCAUCAUCACUUCUUGGAUGACAACCCUGUACUGUGCCUUCCUAAACCACACAUAGAUACACACAUUGCACAUUUCCAAGCAGGCACCAGCUCUCCCAUGACACUAUGUUACGUAACUCCUGUUGUGCCAGGAGUUGAGAGCUGCAGGAGCAGGGGGCUAGAAGGGGGGGAAAUUCUGUAAACAAGCACUCUUCUCUUCCUACCCCACCUACACUUCUAAUGUAUAUCACCAUUUUAUUUUGCUUUUCUUCUUGGGAGUCUUCAGAGAAUGUGUGUGGAUAUGUGUAAGAAAAGUGUAUGUGCAACUUUCUACUGACUUUCUGGGUUGCCAACGGUUGCGAGGGGUGAAAUCCUGCCCCUUUAUAGUUCCACUUUUCUAAAUACAUCAAUAAAGUGUUUAAGUAUACAACUCUGAA